ACUACUAACAGCAACUAGCAGCACACGUGUCACGCUUUUGAAAUUUUUUAUCACACAUUAUAUUCUAUAGUGUACUUCCUGUAAAAUAUUUUUACAGCUUAUUAAAAGUUGUACCAUUAGGAAAGUGUCUAUUCUUGGAUAUUUAAAGUGGGUGGGUAUGCAGGGACAGAUUUGAAGAAGCAAUUGGUCCAUUUUGUCUGUAUGUUGUGCUAUAUUCUCAAUCUUUAGCCUUCAUACUAAAGUAGGAGACUCGUGUAAUUGCAAGAGGUACUGGAUGUCUAAGCCAUUGGAAAUCCCCCAUCAAAUUCGACCUGAGAAAGGUUUAGAACUUCCAUCUUCUCCUUCCAGAACUUCCUUUGGAUCACCAGGAAAAUAUUACCAGAUUCCCAGUCCUAUUAUUACCCGACGUACACGGACAUUUUCCUUAUCAGAGCAGGCAGCCUCAAAUCCAGUUCAACAUGGCAAAGUGAAAUAUUUCUGUCGUCAGAAGGGUCAUGGUUUUAUUAGACCUGAUGAUGGAUCAGAAGACAUUUUCUUUCAUAUCUCUGACAUAGAAGGAGAGUAUGCCCCACGUCGAGAUGAUGAAGUAACCUACAAGCUCUGUCUUGUUCCUCCAAAGAAUGAGAAGGUUCAAGCCACACAUGUUAUCAUAACCUCUUUGGGUCCAGGAACUCAUGAACGUUGGGAUCAGCCACCCUCACCUGUUCCUAAAGAAGAAGAAGCAGGAAAUCACACCUAGAAACAGAAGUGUUGUAGAGCUAGUGCAGAAGAAGCAAGAAAACGUACUAUUCAAAUUCAGGUGUUGUCAUGAAUGUUUAACUGUGUGUUUCAUGGGAAUUAAAAGGUUCAUCAUAUGUUAAGUAAAACAGAAGAUUAAAAAAAAUGUAUUUUUCAAACUCUUAGAAUAUGCUUAAAAACAUGAUCAGCCAUAUACGAGUCAUGUCAAAUGAUUUAUAUACGAUACUUCUGUGAAGAGCUUAUUUUUAAACACCAAGACAAGUAUUAUAAACAAAACUAUGUAUGUAUACAAGUCAAAAUCCCCUUCACUGUACAGUUACCAUAACAUUAUUUUACACAUCACAUUAUUUGAAGCGUCAUGUGUAUUUCUAAAAAUUGUACUGUUCUAGGUUUUAUUGAACUACUGAUAAAUAAUGAUAUAUUCUCUAUUCUACUAGAGAUAUGUCAACCGUAUCUUGUUACAACAUUAAAACAACUAGACAAUACCAGUAUUCUAUCAUACUCCAAUUAGCCCUAGUGUACAAAUAGUGUUUGUGUAUCCAUCUAGUAGUGAUAAAUGUUUCCCAAAUAUUAUAGUGAUGACUUACCUCUUUAGCCUUUUUAUUUCAUUUAUGUUUGUAUUUGUAUUUUUUUUUUUAAUUUUUGGCAUACGUUUUUGACCAAUUUUGAAUUUUGUUCAGCAGUUUUGUGUUGUAGACAAUUCUGAUUUUUCCUAAUUCUGCAGUUAAUGUUUCAAGACUCACUUUUAUGUUUUUUUCUAGUAAUCAAAAAUAUCCUUGCAUGUUUGUGUUUUAAAAUCUGUGAAAGUAGUGUCAUAGUUGAUUCAAUAGUAGUUCAUUCAGUCUGAGAGCUUGUAAGCAAAUAAUUCUGUUGUAGUUUAAUGUGUAUGUUAGUAAUAGACUGAUGCCCCUAAUUGAAUACCUUUAAUAUCUGGACUUUUCAAUUCAAACUAUAAAAACUGAGAAAUCCAUAUUUUCAGUAUUAAAAAGUGAAUUGUGAUGGUGAAAAUAUUUUUGAACAAUUUUUACUGUGGAUUUGAAUUUUUUUUCUGCUAUAUAUGUAUAAAAAUUAGGUGGUUUGCUACCUAAUGUACAGUUCCUAUACUGUUCAAAUUAUCCAGGAUUAUGUAUCAUGAUCCAUAUUUUAAUUGAAUUACCCCCUCUCAACAUUUUUAAUCAGAUACAUGAUGGUUUUCUACAAUAAAUGUUUGAAGGAUUGCAUUAGAGCAAACAAUAAUUUUCCACUUAGGAGACUGACCAGUGGAUGUAAUGAAAUGAAUAAAAAAAAUUUCAUUGCAGUGUACAUUUUAAGGUCUUUCUUGAUUUCAGUUACGGGUUAUUAGUAUUGAAUUGUCAAAAUUAUCUAAUUUUCAUCAAUUUUGUUAAAAUUUGAACGGUGUAAAUUUCUCUUAUGUUUGCCAAUACCAGUCUCUCAAUGCAAUUUUUAAUAAUAUCACCUAACUUAGACAUUGGAAAUAACUGUCUUGACUAGAUCGCUUCACUCAUGGAUCCCUCACUUUUUUUCUUCAAUACACCAUUUUUACCAGAUAUUGUGCCAAUUUUUGAAGUAGUGGUUAUGCAUACUGUCUAAUGAACAGGAGUCUCCAUCUUUUUAUUUGGUUUAUGAGUAGUUGUUUAUUAAUUAAAACUCUGCCAUCAAGGCUGUUCAAUCUUAUUAGAAGUACUUGUCCGAUAUUUAUCUGCAGAUUGAAUUCUAUAUUUUUUUAUUUUUAACUUUUGACCUAUGUUUACUUCUAAAGAAUCAUGAAAGAAUUAAAUAACGUUUCUUCUAUUUAAUCCUUGAAGCUGUUAUAUGUAGAUAUCAUAUGACUUGUGGAUUUUACAGGUUCACAUAGGGGUAAUGACUCAAGAAUUACGGCCUGAAAUAUUAUAAGUUCAAAGAAUACCAUAUGAAAUUUCACUAGGAAAUUUUUACAAAUUGUUUCACGUUCAUUUGUUGUCCAGGUCAAUGAUUUCUAACCCCAACUGAGAACCAGCUAGUUCUGAUCCCAAAAUUUCACAGAUUUCUUUGUACAAUAUUAACUUUUUAAGAGAUUUUUAACUCGUAUUGUAAAACAAUAUACUUUAGUAGCUAUAUUUUAAGACACUUUUUAUUUUAAACUGUCUUGUAUAUCAGCAUUGGUACACAGACUGGCAUUUUGGAACAACUGCUAGAGAUGGUAGUAUUUUUAGACAAAAGUUAUGUAAAGCAGGGAAUAUAAGAAUUAUUUUUCCUUGUUGAAGACAAAAAAACUUGUUUAUAUAAGAAUCAUAAGUUAAUUCUUUAAUAAGGUUCUGUUUAACACAAUUUCACACUUGUUUCCUUUCAUGAUCAGUGUUUAAAUGCCUUUUUUGUUAACUACUGAAAGCUAAACAUUUAAUAACAUGCAUUUGCCAAAAUAGUUACCAAUUUAAUGGCAACUUAAUCAUACUUUAUAUUCUGGUUACUGUUGAAGGUUCUGCACCAUUCUGUGUAGUGAUGGCUCAUAAAUUGUUAAUGGUUAAAUACUGCAACUGCCAUAUAUUAAUUGAUCUGAGUUUUAAUAAGUUUAAAACAAUUUCAAUAUCUUAAUACUUUAGAUUGUUAGCUGGUAAUAUCAAGUGUUUUCGUAUUGUUAUCCAGUCUGUGAGAAGAGCUGGUUUUCUCAAUAAACUUUAAAAAAAUCAUCAUUUGUAAGUAUUUCUGAGAAACUGUAAAAUUAUUGCUUUAGAAACAGUUAUGGCUGUGUUAGGUGCCAGUUUGCUUAGUGCCUUCUUCUGGAAUUUAUUGUUUGCAACUUUAACUGUAAUGCUUGAUUUUUGUAAUAGAAGUGAAAGUCUUAUGGGUUAAUGUAUUGGAAAAUUUUCACCAUCAUUCAUAUUCCUAGGACCUAUUAAGCUUGCAAAUGUGGAAAGUGAGAAAGGAAGGAAACAUUGUAACAACAACAGAUUUUCAUGGUUACCAAUUAAAUGCUUUUCAGCUGUAUUUCUUAACUUUUAUGGAUAUUUUGUUUACUGAUAAAUUCAAAGUCAGAAAAGUCAAUGUGGGUAUGACCAUACUCCCACAAAAAUAUUGAUUUCUAUUUCCACAGUUUGAAAUUAACACGUAUAUUAUAACCACAUAUUUGUAAAUUGUCCAAAAAAAAAAGUAAUAAACAAGAAUUUUUGUCACUUGUUUAA